AUGUCCGAAGAGCUCGAGUAUCUCAAAGUACUAUUGUAUGCUUCUCAAGUCGAGGCUCAGAAGCUUCGCAAGCAAAAAGAAGAGAAGGAUGCUUUGCUAAAGACGUUCCAAGUGAAGCUGGAAGUCGAAGCGCUCGGUAACUUGCCAGCCCAGCGCAAUCUUUCGGAAGACAUUUCUAAGCGUGAAAUUCAGAGUUUGAAGAAGCAAGUUACAGUUUUAAAAGAAGAAAUUGGACUGGAAGGGAGCAAACUGGCAAUCGCGAAUGCAGUUCAAGAGCAGUUAAAAACCGAUUUGGCAGAUGAGAAGGAAAAAUGUCGUUUUACAAGAGAAGUCACGAAGCUCUAUCAAAUGAACAUCCAGCUCGACCAACCAUCUCGGGAUCAAGUCGCGGAUUAUCUUCAAUUCGAAAUUCGAACUGUCAAGGAAGUUUUGAGACAAAAGGAAGAAGAACUGGAAAAACUGAUGGCUGAAAACAAAUAUAAUUAUUUUGAAAAUUGUGCUGAAAAGUGCCGAAUUCAAGAAGAAACGAGUGCUGCAAGAAGAGAAGCUGAUCUACUUCGCGAUGAAAUGAAGACGCUUGUGAAGAAUAUGAACGCCAAGAGCGAAGAAUUGCUCGGACAAUUGCGAGACUCUACUGAAAAAUGUGAAGAGAUGGAGAUUGAUUGUAACAUCCAACUGUUGGAGCUUCAGAAAAGACAUGAAUUAUUGAAUUACUACGCAUCGCUCGGAUAA